AUGCUUGCUACAAAUCACAAUAACUCUGGGAUUAACCUCAAUAUGCCCAGCAAACAGUUAAACAGGAUUAGCUUCGAAGGAAUAGAUGAUGCAGGUUGGAAGGCCAAACUUAAACUUCCUCCUCAAGAUCACCGGAUUAAAACAAGUGAUGUUACUUCAACCAAAGGAAAUGACUUUGAAGAAUUCUGUUUAAAACGAGAAUUAUUAAUGGGUAUAUUUGAAAAAGGUUGGGAAAAACCUAGUCCUAUUCAAGAAGCAAGUAUUCCAAUAGCACUUUCUGGCAAAGAUAUAUUGGCAAGAGCAAAAAACGGCACAGGAAAAACUGGUGCUUAUUCUAUACCUGUACUUGAACAAGUGGAUCCAAAACUAGAUGUUAUACAAGCACUUGUGAUUGUGCCAACCAGAGAAUUAGCAUUACAAACUAGUCAAAUAUGUAUUGAGCUUGCAAAGCACUUGGACAUUAGGGUCAUGGUGACUACUGGUGGAACUAAUCUUAAGGAUGAUAUUCUUCGUAUUUACCAAAGAGUGCAUGUUAUUAUUGCCACUCCUGGAAGGAUAUUGGAUCUCCUAGACAAAAGCAUAGCUAAAGUUGAUCAUUGUCGGAUUUUAGUUUUAGAUGAGGCAGAUAAACUUUUGUCACAAGAUUUUAAAGGUAUGUUAGAUCAUAUAAUUUCGAGGUUACCAUCUGAGAGGCAAAUCCUCCUAUACUCUGCCACAUUCCCUCUGACUGUCAAACAGUUUAUGGAUAAACAUUUACGUAGUCCAUAUGAAAUAAACUUGAUGGAAGAGUUAACCUUGAAAGGAGUUACUCAGUAUUAUGCAUUUGUUCAAGAAAAACAAAAGGUUCACUGUUUGAACACUUUGUUCUCAAAGCUUCAAAUAAACCAAAGUAUAAUAUUUUGUAACUCAACACAGCGUGUAGAGUUACUUGCUAAAAAAAUUACUGAUCUCGGCUAUUGUUGUUAUUACAUUCAUGCUAAAAUGGCCCAAGCACAUCGUAAUCGUGUAUUCCAUGAUUUCAGAAAAGGAUCUUGCCGCAAUCUUGUUUGUUCUGAUUUAUUUACGAGAGGUAUUGAUGUACAAGCUGUAAAUGUUGUGAUAAACUUUGAUUUUCCCAAAAUGGCAGAGACGUACUUGCAUCGUAUUGGUAGGUCAGGCCGAUUUGGACAUCUUGGUAUAGCCAUCAAUCUUAUCACUUAUGAUGACCGAUUUGCUUUACACCGUAUUGAACAAGAAUUAGGCACGGAAAUAAAACCUAUACCUAAAGUAAUUGAUCCAAGGUUAUAUGUUGCACGACCAGAAGAUGUAGAUAUUAAUGAAGAAAUGGACCUUAGUAAAUGA